GCGGCCCUCCGGGUGCUGGCCAGGCGCGGCUCUCCGAGACUUCCGGCAGGGCCAGGCGUGCUGCCCUAAGCUGCCCGCCCGGCUCUGAGCAGCGGCUCUCCGGCUUCCAAAGGGAAGUUCGUCAGCGUCUACACUGAGAAGAGACUGCGCGGAGUUAACACCCCAGGAAGUCAGGACGAGAGGCCCGGCCAGCUGCGGCCCAAGGCGCGGCCCUGCCAUCGCUCUCCCGCCGCCGAGUGGGACAGCUGGUCGGAAGCCUGAGCCGGCAAGGAGAAGCGAGUGUGAGGCGAGGACAGCACACGCAGGACCGGGAACCCGCGCGCCCCCGGCUGAUAGGCUUAAAGAACUACAGCCCCCAGAGUCCAGUGCGCCGCAGGGGUGCGCGAGGCAGUGACGUCUCUGACUUCCCUGUAGCACGUACUCUGGAACCAUGGUCCACGCCUUCCUCAUCCACACCUUGAGGGCCCCGAAUUUGGAAGAUGCAAGCCUUUGCCGAGUGCUUUACUCCUGUGUCUUUGGCACUGAGAAGUCAGCUGAUGAUCCACGGCCACAUGGUGCAGAGAGGGACAGGCUCCUUCAAAAAGAACAGAUUUUGACUGUGGCCAGGCAGGUGGAAUCACUGUGCCAGCUGCAGCAGCAAGCAUGUGGACGGCCCCCUACAGACCUGCAGCCCCAGUCCUCAGAUGAGCCUGUGCCCUUGCAUGAGGCACCUCAUGGGGCCUUCUACCUGGCAGCUGGGGACCCUUUCCAAGAGCCAAAGAUAGUGGUGUGGCUUGGUGUGCUUCCACUGGGGUUUGCCCUGGUGCUGGAUAUCCACGAGAACCUGCUGCUGGCCGAGAGUACACUCCGGCUGCUGGCCCGCCUCCUUCUUGAUCACCUCCGGCUGUUGGCACCCAGUACCAACCUCUUGUUGCGGGCUGACCGCAUCGAGGGCAUCCUUGCCCGAUUCCUGCCCCAUGGGCAGCUGCUCUUCCUUAAUGAUCAGUUCGUCCAGGAUCUGGAGAAGGAAUUCAGUGCUGCCUGGCCUCGCUGACCCCUUGCUGGAUUGGGGUUUCCUGAGAAGGCAAGGAGAGAGAACAGAAGCUGCACACUGCCAGUUAAGCUUGGCAUCUGCCUUCCGCCCAACCUGCUCCCCAUGCUGAUAUGCUGCGACAUUCAGGACAAACGUGGGGCAAGCUGGCAGGAGGAGGCCUGGGCAGAAGGCAGAGGGCCUGAGCUUGUUCUCAGAUCAGUGGAAAUGCAGACCAUCCUGAACCUGGAGCCGCCCUGUGACCUCUUGAACUGCUGCACUGUGUCUGCUAUGCCGGUCCUUGACCCCACCUCCUUCAAACCCUACCAGCUGCCUAUACUGGAACAGAGAGGAGACUCUGCCAAGACUUUAGCCCACCCUCACUGUCCAGUUCCAAAGCCCCAGUUAUCACACCACAAAAGGAACCUCUAAAACAUAGAAAUGGAAUUAGAACAAAAGCAAAAGACCAUCUCCUCUCUGUAAAUGGUGUAUCACCUUUAGUGGGGGCACUGGACUCAUGCCCUGGCAGGCCAGCUCCACUACAGUUCAGAGUAGGGACAUUCUGUAGCUUCUCACAUGACAAGAUCAUGCUGACCAAGCAGGCUGAGCUCAGAUAAACACAGCUUCCCUGUCUACUGACAGGCAAAUGCCAUGGGUCUGGCCCAGCUGACAUUGUCUUUCUCAUUUUGAAUUUAAAACGCUGGCCAUGUGACUUUGUCCUGUCUUUUUGUGAGUGUGAUGGAUGCAGUCUCCUGUGAGUGAGCAUCUCCCUGGAUGGCCCCCAAGCUGGGGGUCCUGAGAGGCUUCCUGGCAAGGCCUCCAUUUCUCCAUUCCCUCCAUUUUGUUUCUCUGUGUUUGUUUUGGGUGAUAGUACUUGCUUCCUUUAUUAAAAUAUGUGUCACAGGUGGUACGUGUUGCUCCCCUAGAAGAGGAGCCUGAGGCACAUGUGGAGGUCAGAGGACAACUUUCAGGAGUUAGUUCUACCAGGUGAUCUGGGCUUGAACUCAGGUCCUCAAGCUUGUACAGCAAGCAGUUUUACCCACUGAGCCAUCUUGCCAGUUCAUGAUGUGUUUUCUUUUUCAAAAGUAGACUGAAGUCCUUUUUUAUUUCAGAAAUACUUUGCUGAGUUAGCUUUUUGGUGGGGGAGUCUUUUGUUCUUGUUUCGUUUUGUUUG